GAGGCGGCGGCGGCGGCGGCGGCUGCCUCCCUCCCUCCUCCUCCUUCCCUCCUCAGAGAAGGAGGAGGGCCAGGCCUGAGGAAGGAUGCGGGCGGCCGGCGUGGCAGGGCUGCCGCUGCCGCUGGUGAGGUGAACCUCCCUCGCUAGUGGUCCUUGGCUGGAGGGCCAUGGCGGAGGCCUUGCCGGGCUCCUCGGGAGGCGGCCCCCGGGAGCCGGAGGAGGCGGAGGGGGCGAGGGAGGCGCUGUCCCUGGAGGAGAUCCUGAGGCUCUACAACCAGCCCAUCAACGAGGAGCAGGCCUGGGCCGUCUGCUACCAGUGCUGCGGCUCCCUCCGCCGACCAGGAGGGCAGCCCCCCGGCAGAAGGGGGGAAGGCCCCGCCGACAUCCGCCUCUGGAGGGACGGCGCCGUCACCCUCGGAGCAGCAGGAGGGCAGCCCCCGGAGGAGGAGCAGGGAGCAGGUAAAUCAGAACAUCCUCGUUGUCCAGAAACUGAGGUAAUCGAAUCAUUGGGUAUUAUUAUUUAUAAAGCACUGGAUUAUGGCUUGAAAGAGAAUGAAGAACGAGAACUCAGCCCCCCCUUGGAACAGCUUAUUGAUCAUAUGACCAAUACAACAGAAGCAGAUGGAGGCAAAGAUGAAGGCUAUGAGGCUCUGGAUGAAGGAGUAGAUGAUGAAAAUGAGAAAGACGACGUUACAGUUAUACAGUCUUAUCGCGACGUCAUGAAGCUCUGUGCUGCCCAUCUGCCAACUCGAUCAGAUGCACCAAAUCACUAUCAAGCAGUAUGUCGGGCACUGUUUGCUGAAACAAUGGAGUUGUAUACAUUCUUGGCCAGAAUUAAAAGUGCAAAAGAGAAUUUGAAGAAGAUGCAGGAAAUGGACAAAGGAGAACAUGAUGAAUCCAGCACAGAUCUUGAUGAAUUAAAAAAUGCUGAUUGGGCCCAAUUUUGGGUGCAAGUCAUGCGAGACUUGAGAAAUGGUGUGAAACUGAAAAAGGUUAAAGAACGUCAGUACAACCCUCUUCCCAUAGAGUAUCAACUGACUCCAUAUGAGAUGCUGAUGGAUGAUAUUCGAUCCAAACGCUAUACUUUAAGGAAGGUCAUGGUCAAUGGGGAUAUCCCUCCACGAUUAAAAAAGAGUGCCCAUGAAAUUAUUUUAGAUUUUAUCCGAUCUCGACCGCCAUUAAAUCCAGCAUCUGCAAGAAAAUUGAAACCAACCCCACCACGACCACGUAGCCUGCAUGAAAGAAUACUGGAAGAAAUUAAAUCUGAAAGAAAGUUGAGACCUGUUUCUCCUGAUGAGAUCAGACGUAGCAGGCUAGCAAUCCGGCCUCUUAGCAUGUCUUACAGUUUUGACUUGUCAGAUGUAUCCACACCAGAGGCCACCAAAAAAUUGUCAGAGACCUGUGUAGUUAAUGGCAGCUUGGCAUCUGAUGCAAAAGUGAAUGGUAUUAGUGCUGCUAAGUUGACAGUACAACGGAAGAGACUGCUGAAAGCUCCCACUUUGGCUGAACUGGAUAGUUCAGAUUCAGAGGAAGAAUCUAUACACAAAUCAGCCAGCAGCAGUAGUAUCUCUCCCUCACAAAUGGAAGAUACAUUUCCAGAGAUCACAUCUGGGAAAAAGGUGCCUCCAAAAUUCUUGCCAAUAUCAUCCACACCACAGCCAGAGAGGAGACAGCCACCUCAGAGACGUCAUUCUAUUGAAAAGGAAACACCAACCAAUGUACGACAGUUCCUGCCCCCAACAAAACAGAGUUCCAGAUCACUUAUUUCCAGGUUCUUUCCAAGGAUGACACUCAAAGUCCUUUUUGCAACUAUACAUACAGCCUCUCAGCUUAGCUCCCAUCCUUUUGACGCAGCCCUGUUUGGGGUGGUGAGGACUAUCUAUUAUCUGUGUGAGAGAACAUUUAACAAGUGGAAACCUUCCAAGGAGGAAUUUUGCUACCCAGUGGAAUGCCUGGCUCUCACGGUUGAAGAAGUAAUGCAUAUCCGUCAAGUACUGGUGAAGGCAGAACUAGAGAAGUACCAGCAGUAUAAAGAUGUCUAUACUGCCCUCAAGAAGGGAAAGCUCUGUUUUUGUUGCCGAACGCGAAGGUUUUCUUUCUUCACCUGGUCCUAUACUUGUCAGUUUUGUAAAAGGCCUGUAUGCUCACAGUGUUGUAAAAAGAUGCGUCUACCAUCAAAGCCAUAUUCCACUCUUCCUAUCUUUUCUCUGGGACCUUCUGCUUUACAAAGAGGAGAGAGUUUUAUGAGACCCGAUAAACCUUCUACCAGUCAUCAUAGGUCAUUGAGGGGCCUGCCAAGACUGUCCACAAAGUCCAAAUCUGUAGAUAAAGCAGAUGAAGAAGCACUGUUUCCAAAAGAACUGAUGGAGGACUGGAGCACCAUGGAAGUGUGUGUAGAUUGCAAAAAGUUCAUUUCAGAAAUCAUUAAUUCAAGCCGUCGCAGUCUCUCUCUGGCUAACAAGCGAGCCAGAUUGAAAAGGAAAACACAGUCGUUCUACAUGUCAUCCCCAGGCACCUCAGAGUACUGCCCUUCUGAGAGGACUAUCAAUGAGAUCUGAGCCUUGUGCCUUUCUCUCUGCUUUGUCAUCAUGAGGACCUGAGAGAACCAGAAUGUCUUUUUGUUCUUUGUUCUACUUGACAGCUUACAUUUGCAUUAGGUCACUGGUUUCGCCUCUCCAUAUAAUUGACACAAAAAAAAAAAAAAGGUCAGAAAUUGGACUAUGCAGAAGGUCAGCCAAUAAACUAGUUUGCACUGAAAGAAAACAACAGUUAGACUGUUGCCUUUUUGUAUGUGUGCUGUGUACAAAGGAAGUCUUUUAUUUUUUCUGGUAUUCAUUUUCAAGAAUGUCAAAAUAUAUGCUCAGACAAGAAACAGUGUUAGCAGCUGUUGGCAUUUGCUACCAGCUAACUAUAUUUCACUCAGUAGGAUACACAAGUCCAUGUUGUUCAGAAAAGAGAUGAAGGUCAUUGCUCUUAAUGCCUUAUAGCUGAGGUACGUAACUUUCUGGAGUUAGGCAGCUGCACCCACUGGGAAGCUGCUUCCUUGCUGCUGAAAUUAUUAUGCUGCUGCCGGGGCUGCUACAACUGCUGUCAUAUCGCUUCUGAAAUUUGGUGGUUGCUACAGUGGCUCUAUUGUAUAGGAGAAUGCCAGAGUCCUCUGGCACCCAUCCCUUCCAGAAGAGAAAGAGAAUGCUUUAGUUUAUCUGUUCAGAGGGGUGUGUGGGAGCACAUUGAAAGCAAAUUGAGGGUGGCAGGGCAGCAGCCAAGGGAGGUGUGCAUGUGGCCCGCAUGCUGCCCAUCCCUGCCUUACAGUAUAGCACAAACAUCAUUUUGAUUUGCUGAUGUAUUCAGCAGAGUUGAUCAAUCCAAGCCAGUCUCUAGAAUCGGGGUUGUGGUAUAAAAUAUGUAAUAAGGUGGAAGUCUCAAUGAGUAACUUUUCUUCCUCACCUGCUGCUGUUCCAGUAUAACAAUUAGUGUGUUCUAAGUAUUAGUAAUUUCUUCCCUGCCUUGAAUGUAUUCUGAUUAUGUAGUUGUAGUUUUGCUAGCUGUUAACUUUUAGAAAUAAGCAGAAUCAUACUCUUUAUGGGAAAGGUGCAAGAUAAUUACAACCUUUUAAUAUCAGUGUGUUUUUGUAAAAUAAAGAAUGUUCUCUGGGUGACAAUCCUGAGAAAACAGGUAAUAUGUAUAUUUGUACUAUAAUGGAAAACAUAAGUACUGCAAUAACUAAAUGUAUGGAAGCAUAUCCAUUAUAAACCCCCUUUUUACAGGGGUUUAUAUCUUGGCUGUAAACAAGUUUUAUAUCCUGCAAAAAUUUGAGAUAGUAGUGUCUCAGAUUGAGAGGUUUUGUUCUGGAUUUUUUAAAAGGUUUGGAGAAACACUGUCUAACUGUUUUGAAGUUCCAAUAAUAUUACCGAACAUCACAUUUUUGCACUCUUUUAUAUUCAGAUUUUUAAAUCUAAACAAAACUGGAGCUUAGUGUAGAGUACGGACUUGGGUUAUUUUUGUAUUCAUAACACUUCAGUUUAAAAUAUUUGCAAUUCAUUUGGUGGACAGAGAGAGUAAAUCUUCCACAUUUUUAAUGGAUAGGCCAAUAUUUACUAUCAAAAUGACAAUAUAAGAUUAUACAGUUCAAGUUUUUCAUUUUCUUAUUGUAGAUUGCUAAGUGACAUCUCAGGUCACUUUCAGAAUAGGCAGAAAUCUGUUGAAAUGUAAUCUCUUAUCUAAUGAAGACAUUGUUGAAAACUAAUCUGUCUCUUUUAGCAGACCAAAAUAUUUGAGUAGUAGUAGUCAGAUCCUAAGACUCACUGCUCUGACAUAUACAUGUUUAAGCAUAUGUAUGAGCACGAGUGCUUGGGGAUUUAAGGUACACAUUCUGGUCCACUAACUUCACCAGUUCCCAAGACAGAGUACUCUAGUUUCAUUGGAUUGAAGACUUCAGGCAAUGGCCAAGAUUUGGUUGGCACAGUGUAGUGUAAUAGUUCUGCAGAUGGAACUACACUAAUCUCUCCUCUCAACUCUCCCUAUUUACCCACUGUAGUCUCCACUACAUAGCCAUUCAGUGGCAGGUGGGGGGGGGGAGGUUGCCUGGUUGUGUCCUGGUAGUCAAACACAGACUGAUGGCUUCAUCUGCUGAAAUCUGCCAGAGAUCUCAGCAAAUGAUGGCAUUGGUCUGUAUCAGGCUAUGGGGACGUAGCCAGAUACUCUUCUAAUCUUCCCCCUCCUCUCUGCAUCAACCAUUAAUUAGCACCAACAGCUAAAUGGGGAGUAGGGAGGGGGGCUUUGUCAUUGCAGAGUAGAAGAUAAAACCCACUUCCACAAUGACCAAAAUAAGACUUAAGCAGGUGAAAGGUGGACUUACAUCUGCAUAUAUCGCUAACAGGGUGCCAGCCCUUCUCUGUUAAACAUUCCUAAAAUUGGGUCUCUUUAUCACUGACACUUCCCAGUACCUGAACAAGACAGCAGUUCCACAGGGAAAGCCACAACUUACCUCAGUUUAAAACUGACUUAGAUUUGUUGUUCAGACCUAGCCUCCUAGAGGACUGUUGCUGCUAUUGAACUUUUUAAGUCAUUUUAUCAUAGAUCUGGUUGAAACUUGCAUUUACCUCUUUAUCUAACUAUAAUCUCUGUUGUCAAAUUAAUGGGUUGAGGAUCACAACGAAAAUUGCUAGGUUUUUUUCCUAGAUCUGGCAAAACCAUCAUGGUUUUUCACCAUGUCAUAUCUGCCUGAUUAAUAUUAUGGUGACUGACAUCCUACACAUUGGUCAUGUCAUAUCAAACCUGAGAUGUAAAAGAUUUACCAUGACAAGUAAACUGGCCUGACGUUACCUUGUAAUGACAUAUUAGGCCGUAGUCCUUUUCCCCUUAAGAAGUCUAAAAAAUAGGAUGGGUCCUGUACCUUAUUGGCUUUUUACCUUAUUUACAAAUUCUACACACAGUUGUGGUGUUCUUACAAUACAAUGAGCUGUAACCAGGAUAUUUGGUCCCCUGUGAAUAGCCAUUGUCCUGUCUGUCCUCUUUCCAUGCAGUUAUUCUGCUCUAGUUCAGGCUGGGUUGUUUUAUGUCUAGAUCUCAAGCUAAAAUAUAAACGGGGUCUAGGUAAUUCUCUACACAAAUACCAGGUGAUUCGAAAAGAAUGGUGCAAAAUUGAAUAAAAACAACUAUACAUUUGCACUAUUGUUUUGAGCUACCCUGUAGUGAAGAAGCUUUUCAACCCUACACUGGGACUCCCUCUCCCCAUCUUUCAUUAAAUCGUUUUUACAUUGUUUGAUGAGUUACCAUAAAUUUUUACAUUUGUUUCCUUACUGAUCCAAGGAAAAUUAAAAGGAGAGGGAUAGAAUCUUUUCUGGCAAAUUAUCCCUCAGUUUCAGGUUGAGGAGUUUCUAAUGGGAGUAGUUGUGAAUCACCUAAAAUUGUAAGUGGAAAGGCUAGAGAACAUCUACCUAGGCAGUUGGUGCUGCCUUUUGCUUCCACUUAGCAGCUACAUAUAACUAUCUAUUUCAUAAUAUUUGCUUCCACUAGCAGAGCUAAUAUCAACCUUUUCCAAUGCCACUUUCCAGCUGUUCCUCCCUUUUCUUCUCCGUGGUCUUUCCAGUUAUCUUUUUGAAGAAAGUAUCCCUAAACAAUACAGUAAUUUGUAGUUUGGCAAAAGAUAGUUGAAUCAGUUUUGCAAUAUUGCUGCUUUUCUUCAUUUUUCAAGCCUGCAAGUGAGUUUGGUUAUUUUGUUACGUGGUGUAAUAUUCCUAUCACCUUGCCAUUAAUAUUCCAAAUAUGUUCAGGGGUUAAGGAUGUGAUCUCUGUCCCUCCAUACCUCAGAAAGCAUUCUUUAGUGUGAUGCCUAUUGUUGCCCUACUUAGAUUAAACAUGUUCAUAUGUCACUGUCAGCACAAUUUGUAAAUAUGUAUAAUUUAAAGUUCAGAAAGAUGCCAUUCUGUGUAAAGUGGAAAUUAACCUUCUUGUGAAGAUGAGAAAUUAAAAUAAACAGAAUACGUCCAACAA